AAAAAAGGACUUCCUUUUGAGCUAGGGUUCGUCAGCGCAACGAACGGGAGGGAAAAUAAGUUUUUUUUAAAUAAAGGAGAAAAAGAAAAAGGAGGUGGAAUAAAGGGGGAAAAAAAAAACUCCGGGACAGGAAGAAAUAAAUCGGUAAUGAAAAAAAAAUAAAAAAAGGAUCGGUACAAUGGCUUUAGAGUUGGAGCCGUGGAAGAGGUAGAAGAAGAAGAAGAAGCAGAGAUGUGGAUGCCGGGGGACGAUUGAGCGGUGGAGAUGGUGGUGCCCAAGGAGCUCGACGUCCACAAGAACUCCCCCGCCGUCGAGCUCCGUAUCGGAAUCCCCGAUGUCAACGGGGCCAUUAAGAACUUGUUCAGGAGAAGAGAAGUUGGAGAGUUUGUUAGCGGGGCAUUAGCUGGUGCCAUGACUAAAGCUAUUCUUGCUCCUCUGGAGACUAUACGAACUAGAAUGGUAGUGGGGGUUGGAUCCAAACACAUCACUGGCAGUUUCAUAGAGAUCAUUGAAGACAAUGGCUGGCAAGGACUAUGGGCUGGAAACACCAUCAACAUGCUCCGCAUAAUUCCAACCCAGGCAAUUGAGCUAGCCACUUUUGAGUGUGUCAAAAGGGCCAUCACAUCAGCACAGGAGAAGUGGAAAGAAAAUGGAUGCCCAAAGUUGCAGCUUGGUCAUAUUAAUCUAGACCUCUCUUUUCUAUGGAUUUCUCCAGUUGCUGUUGGUGGUGCAGCUGCUGGCAUCAUGAGCACACUUGUGUGCCAUCCUCUCGAAGUUGUCAAGGAUCGUUUGACUGUGAAUCGAGAGGCCUACCCCAGCAUUAGCCUUGCUUUCAGCAAGAUCUACAAGGAUGAUGGGAUUGGUGGUUUAUAUGCUGGCAUUUCACCGACGCUAAUCGGCAUGCUUCCCUACAGUACAUGCUACUAUUUCAUGUAUGAGACAAUGAAGAAAUCUUAUUCCCAGGCAAAGAAGAAGAGAUCUUUGGGCCGUGCAGAGCUGCUGAUUAUUGGGGCUUUCUCAGGUUUUGCUGCAAGCACAAUCAGUUUCCCACUGGAACUGGCAAGAAAGCGGCUGAUGGUUGGAGCCCUUCAAGGGAGGUGUCCGACCAAUAUGGCAGCAGCUCUGUCAGAGGUUAUUCAUGAGGAGGGUCUGCUAGGUCUCUACAGAGGAUGGGGUGCUAACUGUCUGAAGGUCAUGCCUGCUUCGGGCAUCACUUGGAUGUUCUAUGAAGCAUGGAAGGAUAUUCUGCUGGCGGACAGACCUCAGCUGUAGACAUAUAAGAAAUAUUCGCCGCUAUUAUUUCCUGAUACUGGAUUCCAUUGAGAUGACUUAAUGAUGGGGGAUGCUAGUUUUUUCUCAUUCCACCCAUGCAGAUUUUUAUUGGAGAGGGAGGCUGGUGAAAUGUUUGUGAUGGAAAGGAUGUGCCCAUGGGAUAUAUGUAUCACACUUGAUUAUUUAAAUGAUGAAACAAAGGAUUGAGAGAAGUGAAAUGUAGUGGUAAAUUGAAAGUCAUCAAGUUUUUCAAUGAAGUUACUGUUAUAAAGCUCUCUUUCUA